GAGCGACCGAGACCAUAGAAAUCUUAUGGCCGAGACAGAAACGGGGGCGUCUUGACGGACGGAUGCGGUGUCUCAGCAGGCUGCAGUGGAUGUGACUGAGGUCUAUUAUUGUCCCCCUCUCGGGACCAGAGUUCACCACACGAAGGAAGAGCACGAAUAGAGUGAUGUCAUACUGCCUCCCUGGGAGCAGCUAACCUCUGCCUGACUCCCGCCACCACCGAGGCCCAUGGGGCGAGCGCCUCCGUAAAGCAGUCAGCCAAGUGUGUAGUUGCAGCCUGUGUUGAGUGCCAUGGGCAGUCUGGGGGAAGGGGUAGACGCCGGCGUGGUCAGUGAGGCCCUCCUGGAGGCCCUGUGCUCAGAGUGUGGCCAGAUCCACCGGGCCUGGGAGAACCACCUGUACAACUACCGGCUAGAGGUGGACGACGACCUGGUGUGCCACAUCUGCCUGCAGCCGCUGGUGCAGCCCCUGGACACACCGUGCGGCCACACCUUCUGUGCCCGGUGCUUGCGCAGCUUCCUGCAGGAGCGCGACUUCUGCCCGCUGGAUCGCGCCCGGCUGCAGCUGCAGGGCUGCCGGCGCUCCAGCAUCCUGGUGCACAAGCUGCUAGAUAAGCUGUCCGUCACAUGCCCUCUCACACCUAGUUGCUCACUCAGCAUGCCCCGCUGCGACCUGGAGGCGCACCUCAAACACAGGUGUCCAGGAACACAAAGUCAAAGGAAAGGACUGGAGGGCCCCCAGGUAGAGUGUGGGGAAGAUAGGGUCAUGGUGACCGACACCUCCAAAUCCCCAGAGACUGAGGUUGGGGAGAGCAUGUCGUCGCCCCCUGCUGGCUCCAAUGCCUGCAGCAUGCCCAUGUGGACAGACGAGCCAGGCGUGGACAAUCCUGCCUUCGAGGAGAGCACUGAGGAGGACAGCGUCCAUGGUUUGGAGUGUGUCCCUCCUCGUGUGAAGCGUCCCCUCAGCAAUCCCUGCAUUCACCUCCUUCGCACCGGAAGCUCUGCCUCCUCCGGGUGGGACUUUGUUGAGUGUCUGCCCUUAUCUGCAGAGGAGGGUUGCAUGAAGCUGCCAGCUUUGCCUGAAGGCGAAAUCACCACCAUUGAGGUUCAUCGAUCAAACCCAUAUGUGGAGUUGGGUAUAAGCAUUGUUGGGGGAAACGAAACUCCACUUAUCAACAUUGUGAUCCAGGAGGUGUACCGAGACGGGGUCAUCGCUCGAGAUGGUCGGCUCCUGGCUGGUGACCAAAUAUUGCAGGUGAACAAUGUGGACAUUAGCAACACCCCACAUAAUUUCGCCCGCUCUACGCUGGCCCGGCCGUGCGCCACCCUGCAGCUCACCGUACUGAGAGAGCGCCGCUGUGCUGUCCGCCCGCCGGCCACCCCGGCUGCUGCCCCGGCAACCGCCGCCGCUGCGCCCGACGGCAGCCCGGGGGGCGUGCACAUCACCCUGCACAAGCGCGACUCAGCCGAGCAGCUGGGUAUCAAGCUGGUACGGCGCACGGACGAAGCCGGCGUGUUCGUGUUGGACCUGCUGGACGGAGGCCUGGCCGCAAAGGAUGGGCGUCUGCGCAGCAAUGACAGGGUGCUGGCGGUAAACGAGCAUGACCUGAGACACGGCACUCCCGAACAGGCUGCCCAGGUCAUACAGGCGAGUGGAGAGAGGGUGGACCUGUUGAUCAGCCGGCCCAAGCAGACCGUCACCGUGCACGCGGGAUCCAACCCGGCCCGCGAGAGCUGGUACCAUGAACACUUUGUGCCCCUACCACGUACUGCUGCCCUGAGCCCGGGCCCCAACCUGCAGCUCACCCGCUCCGCCACCCACAGGGACCUCUCCCAGUGUGUGACCUGCAAAGAGAAACACAUCACAGUGAAGAAGGAGCCCCAUGAGUCACUGGGGAUGACGGUGGCCGGGGGGCGGGGCAGCAAAAGCGGCGAGCUGCCCAUCUUUGUGACAAGCGUCCAGCCACACGGCUGCCUGUCGCGGGAUGGGAGGAUCAAAAGGGGCGACGUACUCCUGAGCAUCAACGGCCAGGACCUGACCUCCCUGAGCCACAGUGAAGCAGUGGGCACGCUCAAGUCCAGCGCCGCCUCCUGUUCCGUCCAACUGAAGGCGCUGGAGGUCAGCAUGACAGACAGUCCGGGCCAGGACGAGGGGCUACUCCCACACCACGAGAGCGACUACGACGCCAGCUGGUCGCCAUCUUGGGUCAUGUGGCUCGGCCUCCCCAGCUACCUUCACAGUAGCCACGAAAUAGUCCUGAGGCGGAGUCACCCUGGCAGCUGGGGCUUCAGCAUCGUCGGGGGUUACGAGGAGAACCACAGCAACCAGGCGUUCUUCAUCAAGACCAUCGUGUUGGGAACGCCUGCUUACUACGAUGGACGCCUGAAGUGUGGUGACAUGAUCAUGGCGGUGAACGGCAUACCCACGGUGGGCAUGAGUCACUCCGCCUUGGUGCCCAUGCUGAAGGAGCAGCGCAGCCGGGUGGCCCUCACCGUCGUCUCCUGGCCUGGCAGCCUGGCGUAGCCAGACCGCUCCACACCACUUUCGCGUCCGAGCGUUUUAUCGGCCCUGUGUAAACCCUCCGACCACCACCACAACCGCUCCUGCCAUGGAGGCACCGUAGUGUCAGUGUGAGUCUCAGAACUUGAAUGCUUCAAUCAAUGCUGAAAUAACCAGGCCUUAGAGAACCCUGCCACGCCCAUGAGGCCACGCCCCUCCAGAGAGCAGCCUCGAGGCCUCCCCACAGCGUCAAGGUCCAAUGAUCUACCCUGCUGGGGUUUUUAUAUAUAUAUAUA